AUGACAUCCUCCUUUCCCCCUCCGCCCGUCAGUUCCAUUGACUGGAACAAUGUCGGCUUCAAAGUCCGCGAUGUCAACGGUCACAUCGAAUGCCACUACAACACCAGCACAUCGAGUUGGUCGGCGCCGAAAUUCAUCCCGACCCCGCACCUCAGCAUCCACGGCAUGGCGCCAGGGCUGAACUACGGGCAGCAAGCGUACGAGGGGCUGAAGGCCUUCCGGCACCCGACCGACACCAACAAGAUCACGAUCUUCCGGCCGGACCGCAACGCGGUGCGGAUGCGCCACUCGGCGGAGUUCAUCUCGAUCCCGCCGGUGCCGGAGGCCCUGUUCGUGGAAGCGGUGCAGCUGGCCGUGGCGGCCAACGCGGAGUUCGUCCCGCCGCACGAGACGGGCGCCGCCAUGUACAUCCGGCCGCUGAUCUUCGGGUCGUCGGCGCAGCUGGCCCUGACCGCGCCCGAGGAGUACAUGUUCGUCGUGUUCGUCAUGCCCACGGGCGUCUACCACGGGGUCAGCGCGGUCGAUGCGCUCAUCCUCGAGGACUUCGACCGCAGCGCCCCCGCCGGCACCGGCUCCGCCAAGGUGGGCGGCAACUAUGCGCCGGUGCUGCGGCACAGCGCCAAGGCCUACCGCGAAGGGUUCGGCAUCACCUUGCACCUCGACAGUCGGACGCGCUCCGAGGUCGAUGAGUUCUCCACCUCCGCGUUCAUCGGCGUCAAGAAGGAUAAGGCCGAUGGCACCGUCACCCUCGUGCAGCCGGACAGCAACAACGCCAUCGACUCCGUGACCGCCGCCUCCGUGCUGGAGAUCGGCCAGCGCUUGCUCGGGUACAAGUCCGAGAGGCGCCGCGUGCCGUACGAGGAGAUCCGGGAGUUCGAUGAGGUCAUCGCCUGCGGCACGGCGGCCGCCCUCGUGCCCAUCCGCAGUAUCACGAUGCGGUCGAAGAACGACAAGUUUACGUUCCAGAGCGGCGGCGACGCGAACAACGGUGGUGAAGUCUGCGUCAAGCUCCUGCAGACGCUGAAGGGGAUCCAGAACGGGAAGGUCGAGGACAAGUUUGGCUGGAACUUGACCGUCGAGAGGCCGCCGCAGGAGCUGUUUGAGAUUGCGGCUGCGCCCGAGGAGGCGGAGUCGAACGGUGUCAAUGUGCCAUAA